AUGUAUCGAGAGUAUGCCUGUGUUCCGGCAGGAAAUAUAAAGAUCAUCAAAACCUUUGCGGUGGAACAGCCGCUAGGAAGAUACCACGCGCCAAGAGCGAAUCGAGUAGCGCAUCUGGCUUGUCUCGUCGAAGGGAUGAAGGAGUCCUCUCCAUUCCUAUGCGUCACAUAUACUGGAAGCGACCCACAGAAGUUCUUUAAACAGGAUUGCCUCGCAUUUUCUCGCAUCAGAAAUGCCCAUGUAAUGCAGCUUCGGGGAUUCAAUGACUCUGAUAUUCCUAUGGUCCUCUUCCACGAAGAACUCGUUCCGGUACAUCAUGUUUUGCAACGGCACCGUGAAUCCUCUAUCGCUCUGCGAUGCUACUUUGCUUUGCAAGCCAUCAUCGCAGUGGAAAGUAUACAUAAAUGCUACCACACCGAGAUGGACAGGUAUUAUUGCGAUAAUGUUUGGAUUCAACCGAGGGAAUGGAAGGAUCUCGUUCCGCCGUCGGGGACCUCCGACUGA